AUGUCUUCUCUUGGAAAUCCAAGAGACGGCACGGAAAUAUAUAUCUAUCAAAGAGUAGAUCUGUUAAGAAUUGAAAAAGAAAUUCUUGCUGGUUCUUAUAGGCUCUCCCCUUUUUGGAUAAAGUCGGAACUAAGGGGCUUUCCUUUUAAGAUGGACCAAAUUACUUUUUUUCGGUUUGAAACUCUCGCAGACUUUGAUCGAGAACUCUAUGAAUUCUAUCUUUGUCUCAAACUGGAGGAUGAGCUCGUUCUCAUCUCACUUGCAAGUACACUAACAAAAGACGUCUUCACUCCAAAUGUCUUUGUUACACAGUCAUUCGCCUGCCGGCCAGAUACGAAUUCAAAACUCUUUUUGGCUGAGAUAACAAAUUGGUCCAAUCUGAGGUUACUACUUGUUAUAGAUUUUUCAAUCUUCAAAAAGAUUCUUUGUAGAAAGCGGCUUUAUUUUGUUCAAAAGCCGCUUAUAGAUGAUUUAUUCAUUAUAAAUCUAAUCGAUAGCUUUCUGAAUUCGCCUAUACUGGACAAGAAAGGGGAAAACCGGGCCGGAGGAAUACCGCCCGUCCGAUUUCUUCGUCCGAAGCUCCAAAGUCCAAGCUCUCCUGCUCCUGUUUCUGCUCUGCUCUUGAUCGAUCGAAUGGAAUGA